CGGUUGCACGGUAAAUUGGUCAAAAUGAUCGUCUGUGUUUCCUGAUCUGUUACACUCUGGUUAUUCCUUUUUGGCUGAUUUCUAUCGAUUAACUCAUAAUUUCGUUCAAAAAACAGAAAUAAACUGAUUCUACUUCGCUAGGGUUUAAGACCAGACAUAUUGGUGUAAACAGAGAAAGAAAUGGCAAAUCAAGGAGCCAAAAAACGCAGGGAAGAGAACGCUCGCCAUAUGGCAAAGCUACGCCACCUAAUUAUUGCCUGCAAUGUUAUAUAUGUAUUAGUGAGGAUGCUGAUUUUUCACGCCAGUUUCACUUGGAAACAUUGGGUAGGUCUGGUUUUGACCUCGCUGGCUUAUUUUCUUCCCUAUCAACAACUUGCUGCAAUGGCUAAACCCGCAUAUGGAGAUGAUGGGGACCUUCUUGAUGGUGGAUUUGAUAUGAGCACUGGUGGAAUUUGUGGCUAUCUGCAUGAUGUUAUCUACAUUACAAGCUUCGUGCAAAUCACAUCCAUCAUCUCUGGAAAAUUUUGGUACACAUACCUGCUGAUACCAGCAUUUGGAGCAUACAAAUCUUUUGGAUUCAUUAGAGGAUUUUUAUCACAAGGCUCUGAGGGAGAUAUGGAGGACGAAAAGACUCGCAAAAAGAGGGAGAAGCUGGAGAAGAAAGCUUCACGAGCCAAGUUUGUGAAGACAAGAAAUAGAUAAGUCAUUGUAUUGAAAUGAGUAUACCAACCCUUAGGAGUAGUUACUUCUUAAAUGACACAAUGUCCUUGCCAACUUUUGAUAAGUACCGAGUAGGAGUUGAAAAAAAAAAAAAAUGUAUUGAUCAAGGAAGACUCUGCAAUGCAUAAUUUUUCAGUUUUGUGCCACUGAUGUUUGUUGUUGUAA